GUGUUGGGGUAAACUUGUCUAUUAGUACCAGAAGAGAGAGGGUGAACCCUUCACCUGGAUUCUAUACUUUGAUUUUGAUUACAAUUCCGUCACUUCAGAUACUUCUCAUCCUCAGAGAGUAGAUUUCUGUUUUGAGAGGGAGUCUGAGUCCAGUUAACUGAAGAUCCAGUCAGUUAUAGCGUCCCAUUCUGCCACCUACUCUGCCUGCUGGGACACAGAACUCCACAGUGAGAACUGAUCCAAACAGCCUGUACAAACACUCUGUGGUUUUAACGAAGCUUUCAAUUCAUGAGAAGGUUUCUGCACCACAGGAUGUGACAUAAUCAGAGGUUAGAGUGGUGUCUUCUUCAAAUCCAAGGUGAAAUGCUACCCUAAAAGGAAUUCUAAAUACAUUUGCAAGAUGUCUUGCCAAUGAGCAAACAGUGUCUAAACUUCGUUCUCCUGAUGUGCCCUGUGUGUAUGUAAAUUGAUUUUUGAUAAUGACUGAGCUUUCGGUCAGUCAACCUUCAUCAGAGACCUACACAGGAAAGACUAGGAGGGAAAGAGUGUCUCCUUAAUGUGUAGUUGUCAGCCAGUGUAGGGCUAACUUCUUCUACUGGUACCUGAAGAGAUAGGUGAAUGAGACAUGGCAGAAAUCGGGAGCUGUUUCUCAGAUCUGCAAGGAGGAGUAACAGAGGGCCAACUUAUUGGAAUGAAAUGCAGGUCAGGAUUCUCGUUUCCUACCAUGAGUAAAUUAUAAUUUACUUAAUUAAUUUUCUUUCUUAUAUUUUGAUUCUUAACUUAAAAUAAUAUACAUGUAUAUAUUUUUUCAUUUGCUGUAGCAUGUGACAUUGCACAGCUGGAGACCUAAGCUGGUUUGAAAAUGGUCGAUUUACACAUUGUAGAAACCUAUUUUUCCACAAAUAACAUUGUAAUUUGAAUAACAGGUAUUUCUAUCAAACUUUUCACAAACAAAUAUCUUUACAGGAUUACAUUUAAGCUUCUAGGGCACAGCAUGCGCUUCAGAAGAAGCUAUAAUUCAUAUAGGCCCAUUAUAGAUUAUAUCUCAACCAAUGUUAUCAUAUUUUCUGGUACUCCUAAUUUGUAUGAUGUGCUCCAAACUUUAAAUUGGUACCACUCUUGCCAAAUAUUUUUUUAAACUAAGUGCUGUAGGCAUCAUGCUCCAACUCAUUCUGUGUGUAUGUAUGUAUGUGUGUGUGUGUGUGUGUGUGUGUGUGUACUUUUACUGCUGUAAAGGGAAUUAAGGGACGAUUGUUUUGUUGAUAACCUUGUAAAUUAUACAUGUAAAAAAUAUAUUAUGGAGAAAAACAUGAAAUUCUGUUAAUUGGCUAACAUUUGCAGAGGCUACGUGACCAUAGGAGGCAUAGGGGCAGAUAAGUCAGUUUUAUUUUACAUAGAUUUUUUUUAUACAUAGGAUUAAGCAUAAUUAUAAUUAUUAUUGCUCUAGAUUGCAGGAAAAAGCUAAUGCAAAAAUCUUCAAUUUACGGACAGGGCCCUGCAAAGACACAAUGCAGACUACUUUUUGUCAAGGGAAUAUUCACUGUGUAUGGAUUUGUAUUUGGCUCUGGCACAAGACUUUAUGUGACAGACAACAAGCAUGUACAAAAACCCAAAGUGACGGUCUACCCAGCGUCCAACCCUGAGCCGAAUGGGAAGACGACCCUGCUAUGUCUGGCAAGAGACAUGUUUCCAGACUUAGUCAAGAUCUCAUGGAAGAUGGAGGAUGAAUACAGCAGAACAAUGGAGGUGCCCAAAGCAGAGAGGGAAGAGCUGGAGCAGAGGGAGGAAGGACAGACGACCAGUAUGAUCAUCAUUGAUAAAGACAAGACAUACAGGAACAAAUACAUCUGUUCUGUGGAGCAUGAAUGGGGCAUUCAAGAUGUUGACAUACCAAGGGAUUCCUUCCCCUUCAUGUGCAGUCUGAACCUGGCCUCUCUGGUUUACACAGUGAUGAUAGUGAAGAGCAUGGUGUACUGCUGUGGGCUCUCUCUCCUGCUGCACCACAGGAACAUGGGGAAGUGGACACAACACCUGUAGAAAGGAUACCCCCCAAUAUGGAUAAAGAUGUUGUAGGCUGGGAAUAACAUGGAUUUGACAUCCCAUUGAGGUCUAACAUCUCAAUUGUUGGCCUAUUGCCUUAAUUUUUUAAACUUUAUUUUUCAGAUGCUAAAAUAUUGUGAGCCAUAGAUUUCCAUGUCUUCCGAUAACUUAAAUUGACAAUUAUGACAUUAAUUACAGAACAUUUAAUGUAAAUUGUGUUUCAAAUGAAGCCUAAUAUUGCAUUUUUUUUAUAGCUGUAGGGGCUACCCACUGCAGACACUUGAAUAAAGGUUAGGUUAAGGUUGUCUGAAAAAUAAGCAAAGCAAAUCUUGAAGAUAGAUCCUUACGAUUCAAAUGUAGACUGUUUUAUGAAAGUUUCCCUUGAGUAUCUGUCAUAUAGCUUAAAUUAUUUUGUACAAAAUAUGAAUUAUAUUUUAUAUUUUCUUUGAAGAACUAAAAUGAUUGCUUAUUAAGCAGACAAAUUGAUCCGAGUGAAAUUAUUAAUUGGUGUGUUUUUUGUGUGUUUUUUUUGCAUUAAUACUAUGUUGUUGUUUACAUUGAUAGGUUUGUAUGAAGAGUGACAUUUUCCUGCGUAACACAUUAAUCAUGUCCUUUCAGAUGGGGAAGGGUUUAAUAAUCACUGCAUGAAAGAAAUGUUACAACAAACAUUACUCUGCAAAGUAUUCUACAUACUGUAUUGUACAGUAUUGGGCUGUUUUGUAUGAGGAAAUUGUCACCAUAACAGAAAAAAUAAAGGUUACUUAAAACCCCCAAAACAUUGUAUUUCUUUACUAUAAGAUUAUCUAUUCGUAUUUGUGAAAAUGGUAUUUUAUUGAAUCUCUUCAGAAGCAGAAACAAUAAGAUCAUAAGAUCCCCUUUUCUCUGUUUUCUAAUCAGUUUGCUUCCAUCUGCAUGUUAAGACGCAGAUGUUGAGCCUAGACUCAAUAGUGAUGGGAAAAUGUGGUUAAUAUGUUCAUUUGGUUUUCUAUUAAGGUGGAAACAAGAUAUAGCUGCAUAACCACCACACCAUUUUUACAUUUAGCGGAGGGUAAUUCUCAUUCAGUGUGACUAAAACCAAUAAAAACUCCUAAAAAGCUA